CACAAGUAUCUUAUAGGAUGGCUUCUCUUCAAAUUCUCUACCAGCCCCAAGCUGUUAUACAUGUCCUGAUUCUGUGCUUAAUUCUGGAGAUUGCCUCUGGUCAGGAUAAUAGGAACAAUCUACUUUCACUAAAUUUGAAAGUUUCUUCGAUAAACAAGGCAAAUGAAUUUACAGUUACACUCACAGUUACAAAUAAAGUGGAUAAAUGCAUGGUGGUAAAAAUCAGUACUGAGGACAAUCCAAACAUCAAAUACCUUUCUGCUAAAGCAACUUACACUGCUUGCAUUUGUACUAUACACAACUUCUUUUGGGACAUUCAUGUCUCUGCAAAUACUGUUUUACAAGGCAAAGCAGAAGUUGUUCCAGAUAAGAAUAUAUGUCCUGAUGGUGAAAACAUAUUUCCAGUAACUUCUUAUGUUGAGACAGUUACAAGUAAAAUCCUUGUAACACCAUGAACUUGAAGACAUCUCCCAUAGAUCCAUGGCACUAAAGUACCUGGGUGGGUACAUACUCUUUUCAUAUAUCAGUUUCUAUAGUAAAAAUAGGUUACAAUGAAAUUAACUCUGAAAAAUAUCGGUGUGAUGAAUAAACUUCUAUAUCUUCAAAGUG